GCAAGAAGAGGGUUUGGUUAGGCUUGAUCAUCUUAAUCAAAUCCACAGUACACUGGUGUUUCUCUGUGGUUAUGCUCUCCUUCCAUAGAUAAGUUUCAAAUGAGAAUGCAUACCCUACUUACGAUUUUUUUUCUCAUAGGCAUCCAUCAAGGUACACUGGCUGUGUUUCUUUAGGCUAGCGAGCUUCAAGUUCUCAAGGUUUGUUCCACUCAAGCUGGUUUCUAGGUGGCUGAAAGGUCAUCCAUCAAGACAAACAGUAGGUUCAAGACUCUCUCCUACACUCUCUGUAUGGCUGUGCUUCUUUUGGUCGGUUAGUUUCAAGAUGACAAAGGUUGUUCUACUCAAGUUGGCUUUUCUAGGUUUCUACAAGGUGAUCAAGCAAGGCGUACUGCUGAUUCAAGACUUUCCCUCUGCGCUUGUGCUCUACUUUGGUCAGUAUCUGCAAGGCUAUCUGUCCAUGUUUACUGCUGGCUCUCGAUCGUCUCUUCUUGGUUGUGCUUGGUUAUGCUUGGUUAUGGUUGGCUUGUGCUUGGUUGUGCUUGGUUGUGGUCAGCAAGUUCCACGAUCACAAGGUCUGUUCUACUCAAGUUGGUUCCCUAGGCGUCUUCAAGGCUAUCCAUCAAGACAAACAUUUCAAGAUGACAAAGGUUGUUCUACUCAAGUUGGCUUUUCUAGGUUUCUACAAGGUGAUCAAGCAAGGCGUACUGCUGAUUCAAGACUUUCCUCUGCGCUUGUGCUCUACUUUGGUCAGUAUCUGCAAGGCUAUCUUCCAUGUUUACUGCUGGCUCUCGAUCGUCUCUUCUUGGUUGCUGGCUUGGUUAUGCUCGGUUAUGCUUGGUUUGCUUGGUUGUGGUCUAGCAAGUUCCACGAUCACAAGGUCUGUUCUACUCAAGCUGGUUCCCUAGGCGUCUUCAAGGCUAUCCAUCAAGACAAACAUUUCAAGAUGACAAAGGUUGUUCUACUCAAGUUGGCUUUUCUAGGUUUCUACAAGGUGAUCAAGCAAGGCGUACUGCUGAUUCAAGACUUUCCUCUGCGCUUGUGCUCUACUUUGGUCAGUAUCUGCAAGGCUAUCUAUCCAUGUUUACUGCUGGCUCUCGAUCGUCUCUUCUUGGUUGCGCUUGGUUAUGCUUGGUUGUGCUUGCUGUGCUUGGCUGUGCUUGGUUAUGCUUGGUUGUGCUUGGUUGUGGUUAGCAAGUUCCAUGAUCACAAGGUCUGUUCUACUCAAGCUGGUUCCCUAGGCGCUUCAAGGCUAUCCAUCAAACAUACCGAUACCUCAAAACUGUCUCUCUCUGAUAAUGCUCUAUUUAGUCCUUAUCUGCAAGGUCUUUUGUACAAGUAUCACUGGACUUUCAAGACUGGUUUUCCUAGCUCUGGUUCUCUUUGGCCUUCCAAGGUGUUUGUUCAAGGCUUCAACAGGUCUUCAUGGUGUGCGUUUCCUUCUUUGAGUCUUCUUGUUUCUGCUUAA